GAAAGUCCUUUGGGACUUGGGCGGUGGGGUGAUGUAUGUAAUAUAUAGGGUAACAUAAAAAUAGCGAGCGCAACCCUCUCUCCCAGUCUCGGAAGAAGAAAUGAAGCAGCUGCCAACGCUGCUGAUGAAGUCCCUCUCACUCUCAGUGUGUUCUUUGCCAGCAGCAGCUUCCACAACCACCCUUCAACAAAUUGCUCUCCAUCAACCCAAAGUUUGUGUUUGGUAGGUGUUGCAAAGGUUGUACUUAAAAAGGGGAAGACACAACUCUUUAAGGAUGGCAACCCAAUGGUGUACAGUGGAGCUGUUGAUAGAAUAAUUGGGAGGCCACCUCCCAAGACCGGGGAUGUUGUUCUGGUAGCAGAUGGGACUGAGAAACCAAUUGGAUGGGGCAUGUACAACUCAGUUUCUAUGUUCUGUGUUCGGCUCAUGCAGCUUGAAGAUGAAGCUACUAGCGAUUCAUCUUGUGCAUUGAAUAUGGAGAAACUGAUUGAAACAAGAAUUGAUGCAGCUGUUGAAAUGCGUAGAAGGUUGGGUCUUCCAUCAGUCCACACCAAUGCAUACCGUCUAAUCAAUAGUGAGGGUGACAGACUAUCAGGAUUGAUAAUUGACGUCUUUGGAGGUGUUGCUGUAGUAGCGUCAUCUGCUGCUUGGGUUGAGAAAUACAAAUCAGAGAUAGAGGCAUGCAUCAAGAAAAUCAACUAUAUCAAUCAUGUAAAUUGGAGGCCAUCUGUUGAUAUUUUAAAGGAAGAUGGAGUUAAUGAAUCUGAUUUAAACAAAAUGCAUUCAUCUACAUGUCCUGAAAGAACAAAGAUUGUGGAAAAUGAAAUUGUAUACACAAUUUCAUUGAAGGGCCAGAAGACGGGAUUCUAUGCAGAUCAGCGUGAGAACCGCCAGUUUAUAUCAAGAAUUUCAGAUGGUCAAAAGGUUCUUGAUAUUUGCUGCUAUAGUGGCGGUUUUGCUCUAAAUGCUGUGCGUGGAGGUGCUCUAAAUGUCACCGGUAUUGACACAUCACCGCUAGCUUUGGAGCUUGCUAAAGAAAAUGUUGUACUCAACAACAUUGAUCCUGGAAGAAUAUCCUUUUUGAGGGAAGAUGCUACUGAAUUUAUGAAGGGUGCUCUCUUGAGAAAUGAAUCCUGGGAUAUUGUCAUCAUUGAUCCUCCUAAACUGGCACCAACAAAAAAGGUUCUACAUAGUGCUUCUGGUAUGUACAGGAAUUUGAAUUCACUUGCUAUGCAACUUACAAAAAGAGGUGGUCUUCUGAUGACAUGUUCCUGUUCUGGAGCUGUGACCCAAAGUGGGAUAUUCAUGCGCAUCCUUCAGGGUGCAGCAUCUAUGGCGGGUAGGAGAAUCACUGUCCUCAGACAGGCUGGAGCAGCUUGUGAUCACCCUAUCGAUCCAUCAUACCCAGAAGGAGCAUAUCUAACCAACAUUCUAUUGCGAGUUUCAUGAGUAUUGUAUUUGGGGGAUUUUCAUUCAUUUAAGUUUUUUCCCAUGUAAUUAUAUAUUUUAAUGGAACUUUGGAAAGUGCCCUUUCACCGAAUUAGUGAAGAAAAUGUCUUACACAUCAGUUGAAAGAAAAAAAUGGGCAUAGGUUUGCUUAUUUAAUUAAUAAUUAUUGUCAAACUAUAUUUUACCACUGAAAGUGAAAGCUAACAUCUCAAAUACAAUUGGGUGGCUCCUCUAGCCAAAAUCAAGGUCGUGAUCCUUAGCAUAAAA